AUGGAGGUGUUUUCCCCGGAUGACGAAGACAGUCAGAGGAACAGCAGGCGAGGAGCCGCCACCACCGCCACCGGGCCCUCACCUGGCCCUCACCUGGACCCUCACCUGGACCGCCCGCCAGCCCCACAGGUCGCCCAGAUUCACACGUUCACACCGAAGGGCAAAGAGUCGGCGGUUAACCUGUGCAUGUCUCUGGACAGACUCCACACAGAAAGGCCCGGGCCUCGAUCCACGGAUCCUCCUCGCUGUGAGGUGACGGUGCUAACCGCUGCACCACCGUGCCGCAUCUGGUCCUCAGGUCGCCGCUCGUCAGCCUCGAUGCUCCACCGUCUCCUGACUCUGCCGUCUCAGCUGCUGGAUGAAGAGGACGCCGCCGCCAACGAAACGCUGGCCGCUCUGGCGACAGAUGGCGUCGAACCGCCCGGCCAGACCUGCACGUCGCCCCUGACAACCAGGGAAGAGGAGGAAGAGGAGGAGGAAGAAGAGGAAGAGGGGGAGGACAAAGGGAGGAAGAAGAAGAGGAGGCGGGUGUGGUCGGAGUGCGAGGAGUGCGGUCGGAGGUUCAGCCGGAUGUCUCUCCUGAAGGCUCACCGUCAGACUCACGUCGCAGAGAACGCCGCCGCCGACACGUCGUCCGCGUUCUCUCCACCUGAAGGGACCCCCUCGGAUUCGCCGCCACGCUGUUCGGAGUGCGGGAGGAAGUUCUCCACGGUGGCCCGCCUCAGCAGCCACAUCCGGACCCAGCACCCCGGGAACCGGUCCUGAACCCGGCGGGACCGAGCGAGUCGCCUGGGCUAACGUGGAAACAGAAACAGGGUCCAACACAAACAAGACCGGGUCCAGACCUUUAGAGCAGAACCAGAGGAGGAUUCACACACCUGAGACCAGAAACCAUGAAAGGGAAACGCAUCCGGAUCUGCGUCCAGUAGCUGUUCCCUGAAACCAUUUAGCUGAAAAGUUUCAACCUUCAACAGACGAAGCAGAAACCAAACGGCGAUUUUAGACCCUUUUAUUCUGAAAUACAACAGGAAGUUGGCUCCAGGUAGUCCAGCUGGGUCAGUACAGGACUUUCUGUCAGGGUUGCGACUCAUUUUCUUUAUCAAUCGAUCUGUUCAUUCAUUGAUCAAAUAAUCAUUUCGUUUACUGAGAUAUACAAAAACACAAACAGCAGAGAGUGACGGAGCUUUUCUCUGAUUUCACUGAUAAAUUAACUCAGACACAUGAACUGAAACAAAAAACUCAGCAGUAAAAACACUUCAGAUAUUUAUAAAGUUUCUAAAUAUAAGACGUGAUAUGAAGUUAAACCCAGCAAACCUGUUUGAUAAUGUGUUCGCUCGUCAGCUAAAGUCUAAAAUCGGUCUGUCCCUCGUCAUCAGAACCAAUCGGAGCGUCUCUGGAGGUCACACGGUAGAUUGGCGCCCAAGGCCAGAUGGAGUUCAGGUCUGAUAGCUGGUUCUGUUUUGGAUCUGGUUCACGGUCGGCAUUCAUUCAGUUCAGACGAAUCUCUUUUUGAAUCUUUUAUCUCAGCUUCUUGUUUUUAAAAAGUACAUAAAAACUUUAAAACACAGAUCUCACCCCGGGUUUCUCCACGAUCAGAGAUUUCUGAUCAAAGCCCACAAAGUUUAAACUAUUAGAAAAUAACCAAACAAAUGACCCCCCCCCCCCCGAAUUUUAACUGUGAAGUUUGAAAACGUACAAAUGUUGAAAGCUGAAACUAGAAUGGAUUUUUAAAAUAAGGGAUUCGUGAGGAUUUGAAAUCAGCAGAUGUUUUAUUGCAUGCAAACUCUGGACCAGAUUAACCCCUCUGAGCGGAUCUGGAACAGGAACUUCAGACAGACGUGUAAUCUGGGGGGGACAGACGGGAAUCAAAGUGAACCCAGCUGAUGUUCAGAACAUCCACCUUCUUCUUCUGUAAAACUUCUACAAACCAGGAAACGAGCUCCAGAGGCUGCAGGUGAAUUUCAGUCCCGGCAGGUGAUUUUGCAAUAAGCUCGUCUUCCUCGGCAGCCGGACAGUCGGAGCUUCGUUUCCUGUUUCCUGUUUCCUGCCCCCCUUCCCAUCGUGUUUUUUCGUGUUGGACCUGUACAGCGUUGACAGUCACUGUCACAGGGAGACGUGACCUUCUGAUUUUUUUCUACCCGUUUGUUUUUAAAGUGCUCUUUUAUUGUUUUUCCUCAACAAACUAAAAGACGUUUCUCCUUUUUAAAAAAGGUUUCCAAGGUUAAGUUUUUUUUUUCUUGUCGUUGUAUUUUAAAUUUUUGGACGCCCUUUGCGGAAGAUCCUUGUGUCGCUACUCGUUGAAAGAAAAAAAACAAAACAACGGAAGACGGACUUAAUCAGUGGCGUCGAUUGUUUGGACUCGUUGAAUGUGAAUCCAGGCCGUUUCUAUCCUUUUGUUGUACAGUUUCUACUUUUCAGACAGAACUGAUGAUGUAUGAUGAAAUGAGAGAGGUUUUUAAAUCUGCGACGGUUCCUUCUGUCUUUGCUUCAUCCUCCCCCUCGUUCUUCAGCCCAGAUCGGUUCAUCACCUCAUGUUAACACACAAAUACCUCACCUACAUAAACGAGACUACAUGCGUUUAUUUUUGCUGAAAAUCAUUGUUGGUGUUUAUUUUCUCUGGCUUCUUGAUGAUCUGUACGGAAGCUCAUUACUGCCAGAAGAAGAAAUAAAAUGUGAGAAAGGGACACAAAUAUUAAACACUUGUUUUAAGUCAUAAUAACGCGACACUUAAUCCAAAUCUUUUAUUUGUGGUGAGGAAAAACAAUUUCAUCGUUUUUUUUGUAAAAAUUACGAGAAAUUAAAAUAAUUAAUUCAGAUUGUUUUGGAAUAAAGGAAACAAUUGUAUUUUUAUGUAGCAGAAAUGAGCUUCCAUAUAUCCAGCAGAUAUAAAUGAGACAAAGAAAUGACGAAUGUCUAUGGAACGGAUCUUUUAUAAGCGCUUUAAGCGUGCUGUACGUACAAAACAGGGAAAAGCAGCGAAUAAUGGAAAUGAAGUAAUUUAAGAAAGUAAUCAACAAAUACAUAAAAUGUUAACAAACGCUGAAGACUCAUUUGGUGCAGCAGCGUUCAGGGCCUGUUGUUAGAGGUCUGUACUGGUCUAAAGGUUUGGACAUGAUCUGAAACAGACCCGUGGAGAGACCUGAACCUGACAUGUAAACAGAUACACAAAAAGGGCAGUGGAUGGAAAUCGGACUUGGCUUGGUUUCCGCAACUCGACUUCAUUAUUAUUGAAUGUCCUCCAGUACGUUUUGUUUAUUAAAUCAAACCCUGAAAUGAUUUAACGAAUGAUUUCUUCAAAACAUGUGAAUUACUGCCCUAGAAGAACAAAGUCACGCUCUCAAAAGACAAAAAUUCUCAGUCAAAAUUUUAAGAAUGUUUUUUACACUUUACCAUCCAGUAAAAUGUGUUAAAGUGACGUCAAAGAUAUAACCCCAACGUCUCCACGUAUGUUCGUUAAAAACCAAAAUAUAACUGUGAAAUUCAAGUGGUCCAGCGUGAGUGAUGAUAAAUUAGUCAUUUAAUUGGAGAGACCAAUGGAUGGAGAAUCUCCCAACAACUACCAGACUCUGUUGACGCAGCGUUUUAAUUUCAUCUGUUUGUGCUGAGAGUCUCUGUACAAAACAUGCUUUAUCUUCUGUAGCAUUCGUACAACAGGAUGAGAUAGAGGGAUGGAUCGGAUAACGGAUCAAUGCAUCAGUGAUGCAUCCUGAUCCGCGACGCUUCAGCGCAAACAAGCCAUCAUUUUUUAUUCUUUUGUAAAUGUGCAAACUGAAAAUUUUUUCUAGUGAGACUUUAAUUCUGUUUUUAUGUGUUUUGAACAAAACGUUUUAAGCAAUAUGAAGCCAAAGCUCUGCCGAGCGGCUGGAGUUUGAUUUGUUGUAGAAUAAUAGAAGAAGCCUGUUCACAGCUGCUGGCGAACGUUCAUCAGCAAAAAACAGAAUAACAAGAUGACGUUGAACCAAACCCAGACCACCGCUAGAAGAUAUCAGCAAUGAAAAACUUGGAUUUGAUUUGGGUGGAUCAUGAAAUCAUACUUUAAUUUGAUAAUAUAAUAAUUUACAAUUUAAUUUCUGCCUCUGAACACUGCUUAAAUAACUAAAGCUUCUCGUCUGCUUCGCUAACAUCUGAAUUACCCAACCACUUUUCUGCAAACGCCGAGCGUCUUUGUCUGGUUCAUUGCACUUUCAGCCUCCACGCAUGUUCACAUACCUCAUUUUCCUUGUAAAACAUUUCAAGUUUUUAAAUUUUUUCCCCCUCUUUCCACACAAACAUUGUUACCUCAGUAGACGUGGGCCGUUGAUACUACCGUAACGUGCAUUUGUUUUAUUUGUUGUUCUGUCUCAUGUUGGAUGCGUCUCAGCUUUUUGUUACACGGCGGCUGAUGCUGUCUGGUAGAAACCACAAAACUGCAAAUGUAUAAGCUUCUCAGGUUUGAAGAUGGGAGUCCGUUAAAGGUUCAUUUCAAUAUUUUUAAUCCUGGGCCCCUUUUUUGCACAGAUGUUGGUGUUGAAAUGACUCAUAGAUACAAAAGGUUUUUGAAUCUGUGCAGUAGAUGCUCCAGCGUAUUCCUUUGUCAAAAUGGCGUCCACAGAAUGAGCUUCUUGUUGCCAGCGACAGGCUCAGGCUGUGACACCAGGAGUCUGACAACAUCAUGGAAAGGAUCUCUACGAGGGACUCCGGGUGACCCCCUUUGUUUUUAAACAGGAAACUGAAGUCUCGCUUCAGUUUCCUGUUUAAAAACGGCAUCUACUGCACAGAUUUAAAAACAGCAUCUACUGCACAGAUUUAAAAACACCUACGAGUCAUUUCAACACCAACAAUAUGUGGACACAUGGCCCAGGUUUAAAAAUACUGAAUACGGAAUUUAUCCUUUAAGAUUAUAAUUUAUAAUGAAUAACUUAACCUUGGAAACCUUAAUCUUCAUUAACCUCUCUUGCUGCCUGACGCACACAGAAUAGAAAGGUGAAUAUUAGAGACAGGUUUCCUCCUGACGGCAGCAGCAUCAUGUGACCUGUUAGCCCAUCAGUGCUCCUUCUGUCUUUGUUUACAAAGCCAUAGAAGAGAGAAAUGUUUCUGGUCGGGCAAAACACAAAAAGGGAAAGUUAAGUAUGAAGACAAAUGUGAGUUUGAGACCAAAAACCAGGCGUAGAAAUGAAACUGAAAUGUUUUAUUCACAGCACAAUACAGGGACCCGGUAAAUGAAAACUAAUCCAAUAUAAUGUGUUUAAGCUUUGUAUUCUGAAGAUUACGUGGGUGUAAGAUGACGUUUUUAUAUCUAAUUCUGUGAUACAGAUCUUGUAAGUAGGAGAUCUUUGCUUGUAUUUAAGCAAUGCUAAAAUCAUCAUUAUGAGAUUUUCUUUGGAAAUUAGAGAUGCUCCGAUCCGAUAUUGACAUUGGAUAACGGCAGAUGCUGACUCAGAUAGCUGGAUCGGGUGUCGGUGAAAAGGGGCCCGAUGCGCCGGUAGACCUGAACAUUUUGAUUGGAGAGCUAACAGCAUUUUAUUUUACAACGUUAGGAAGCAAUGUUUAAGACGAGCCUGAUGUUGGCUUACACAUAAAAUAAUGAUCAAGGAUAUCUUUAUUGUCCCUGAGGGGCAAAUCUGGUGUACAGACAGCAGUCAACACAAAACUGUCAACAGUCACAACUAACAAACAAGCAAUGUUAAAAUAGGCAAAAGGAAAUAUAUGUUAGAAGACCACAGUUGAAGUAAAACUUUAAAACAAUAGAAUGGAAUUACAGUGAAUUAUUUAAAAGCCCAAUAGCAGCUGGGACAAAUGAAUUUCUAAAUCUGUUUGUCCUGCAUGUUGACGUCCUCUAUCUACAGCCCGAAGAGGGUGUUUAGGAUCAACCAGGACUGAAUGGGCCGCCUUCACAUUCCAAACCUUGUAGGGUGGCUAGGAUCAGCUAGAAUUGAAUGGGCCUUCUUUAAAGUCUGAACCUCGUAGGGUGGCUAGGAUCAGCCAGAAUUGAAUGGGCCUUCUUUAAAGUCUGAACCUCGUAGGGUGGCUAGGAUCAGCCAGGUUUCAAUGGGCCUUCUUCAAAGUCCGAACCUCGUUGGGUGGCUAGGAUCAGCCAGGUUUCAAUGGGCCUUCUUCAAGUCCGAACCUCGUUGGGUGGCUAGGAUCAGCCAGGUUUCAGUGGGCCUUCUUCACAGUCCGAACCUCGUUGGGUGGCUAGGAUCAGCCAGGUUUGAAUGGGCCUUCUUCAAAGUCCGAACCUCGUUGGGUGGCUAGGAUCAGCCAGGUUUGAAUGGGCCUUCUUCACAGUCCGAACCUCGUUGGGUGGCUAGGAUCAGCCAGGUUUCAAUGGGCCUUCUUCAAAUUCCGAUCCUAGUCCUGCAUUCUGUGUGUGAGAAGCCAAGUCAUUACAGUCAGAAAUGACCGUAGAGCUGGUGCUCGUUUGUGUCGAAAGGGCCAGUUGAGGUGGUUGGGGCAUCUGGUAAAGAUUCCCCCAGGCGCCUCCCUAGGGAGGUGUUUCAGGCUUCAAACUUGCGGCUGCAAUUUUCCUGCACACUUUGAUGAUGCUUUGCGAUAUAUUUUCAGUCAGACGGCUUAUUAAUUUUACACUGGUAUUGGAUCGGUACUCGGCAUCGGCCAAUACCCAAAGCCAAGGUACCGGUAUCGACUGAUAAAGUCGGAUCGAUGCAUCGCUAAUCUUUAUCUUCAAGUUGUGAGAUACUGCUCUAUCCUUAUCUCGUAAUUAAGACUUUAUCUUAAAUAAUCGGAAAAUGUCUCACGCCACCCUCCCAUCAAUGCUUAUGAAGUGCUUCAUAAUAAAGAAUCCCACCAGAUGCAUUUCUCUCUGACCGUUUUUAAAGUCAGUCAGUUUGUAGUUGUAAAAAGGUCAUGAAAGUUAUUAUUUGAGACGCAUUCAGACGACAUUCAUUUGUACAUAUCGGAGCACAUCUCGACUCCUGUGAUUUUUAUGUUGUGUUUUUUCAAAAGUGGUUGUGUGGUUCCCGUGCGGAGAGAAGACAACCUUGUUUGAGUUCAGCCUUUUUACGCUGUGAAAGACGGGAGUCAGCUCUGCAGUAAAAGCUAACCAUGCUUGUGUGGGAGCCCGGAGGGACCUUACAAACGGGUUCCUUAGUGAAACCCUCCACGGUCAGCUCAAAGAGAAAGAGCUGGAGUUUCUGCUGCAGGGGUUCCUCAGGGAACGAUCCGAGGUCAUCUUAUUGUUCGAUGCAAAUGAGGGAAUGAAAGGGAUGCUUUAGUAUUUUUAAAAGUGUGAUUAUUUUCCAUUUAAAUCAUUUUUAAGCAGAUUGUAUGUUUGUAAAUGGCAUCGGGAAACGUGACCCUGUAUAAUCCCAAUGAAGUGACUUGCUGUCAUUUGUCAAAGAAAGUUCAUCUCAGUUUUUUGGAUUUGAUGCAAUACUUUUGAUAAAAAAAAAUGUGCCCUUUUUUUUUGUAACUCAGCAAUCUAAUAAAACCAAAUCUUAACAUUUCCUUUUUAAUAAGAUUUAGAAAAAUUGAAGGAGUUAAGUGAUGGACAGUUCAAACUUCAGUCAGAAAAUGGAAAGUUUAUUUCCGUUUUCAAUAAAUGUGAGAAUUCACUGAAAAUGGAUUUGACCUUUGACCGUUGUCAGUUUUGAGUGAAUAAUUGCCAACUUUUUACAUCUAAAACCAGUGAAAGCGAAUAUCCACUGUUAAUUUUGUGCCCCGUGUUGAUCACAGCAGCGUGGUCUGAAUGUCACUUACGCCAAGUUAAAGCUGUCUGCCAUGAUGAUGUGAUGAUGGUGAUAGUGUUUUUUAUUUUUAUGACCUGUUUUAGUCAUUGAGAUCGGGUACUUUUUAGUGUUACAGUUCAAACAAAACCAAUAAAUGUUAACAACGACCA